AACUUGCUUUUAUACAGAUCGAAGGCCAUUUCGACUUACAAAGAACUAGGCGUCGAAGAGCUCCAGUGGCCUGCUGAAGAUGAAAGAGAGUUGAGUCAGGAAAUCAUUCGAGUAAACCCACUAAAUCGUCACUCAAUUUUGCAGGUAAAUACACAGUUCAUGAAUAGACAUCUUCAUAAUAUGGACUAUUUGAUUAUUUCAAGCUAUUUCAUAGCAAUACUUUUAGCAAUGCUGCGAGGAAAAUUACCAUUUCCCGCCAUUCAAUUGACCUCCUUCGGUGAUGAUCUGUUACAUGAUUGUCUAUUCAUUCCUUUCUUUGAAUGGAACGCUGCUUAUUGUUUAUCAAUAAGCGGACAAUUUCAUUGUCUUGAAAUAGACUCGGGCGUACUCUUACCAAGGCGAAAAAAGAGCAGCGAACGGAGUUACAGAACAUACCAGCUCCCUCCAGGCCAAAUAUUAAUCAUGCGACUUGUCUCCCGCCAAAUCGUAGAAUAAUGAACAAAGUUAACCACAAAUUUAAAAAAAAACAACCUUUUAUGCACAAAGCCAGAAAUGCAGCUAAAAUACAGCUAAAAUUUUAAGAUAGUGAGUGGGCAAUUCCUUGAAGAUGAAUUUUAUUUAUUUAUUUAUUUAUUAUACGUAUUUGUUUAUUAAGCUUGUUUAUUCUUUUAUAAAUUAUAGAAUGAGGCCCUCUUAGGAGAGGUUAUGUAUCUGCUUAAUCUGAAUUUCAAAACCUGUUGUUUUGUUUAUUGAGGAGGAAGCCAUAUUACGCUGUUGUUGGUAUUUCACUAUUGUAUGUGCGGUUUUCUCUGUCAUUGUCCCAGUUUCAACCUAGCCUGGGUGAAAAUCCCCUUCCCUUUUUCCCUUGCUCCCAAUCCCCUACCCCUUUCGACACCUGCUAUGAAGGCUAGUUCCAACCCAUCUUUGUGUCGUUUGUUGCCAUUUCUGCAGUCCCAUGUUCACCCUGUUUCAAGGCCAUGUCGCUUGUUGGAAUUAUACACUAACAGGGCCUCUAGAAUAACACCAUGCGGCUUUAAGUGUCAUGCUGUUGUUGUUUUUAUAUUACCUGUCGCAACCCAUAUGGGCAUUAAAGUAUUAGCAUUCCAUCCUGAACACUCUCAGUGAGAUGAAAAUUUGCAGUUUUUUACCCUUAAGUGAGGCAAAAAGGAGUAUUCCAGUAUGGCCUAUUUCAAAAGUCGUGCUACUGCGGUGCUAAGCUGGAUUGACUGUAGCUCCACUGCUGCACAACUUGGUUUCAGACGUCAAAUUUAAUUCAGUCGAAUAGAACGGCUGUUGCCAAAAACAAAACACAAAAUUAAAGAAAUGGUUUAGCAAGCUUUUAAUUGUAUUCCAAUGUUAUGAAUUGAGUUUGGCACGGCAGUAGCACGACGUUUGAAACCAGGUCGAGCUACUGCUGUGUAGCAUGGCAGUAGCACAACUUGGUUUCAAACUUCGCAAUAUUGCUGUACUAAAGUCGAAUUUAAUUUGAUCAAUUGAGUUUGGCACAGCAGGAGCACGAUGUUUGAAAUGGGCCUAUCUUUCAUAUGAGAUUCCUAGGAGUGUAGCAUCCAUGUAUGCACAUACACCUGUGCGUACAGCUAAAAUCUGGACAAAAUAUACCUUUCCGAAAGCAUUUCUAUGAUUAAAUUGCAAUGACUGAUAACUUCUUCGCAUUAAAUUGAUGUCUUUGCCCGUCUGAAGGGUAGAUGUCUCACCAUUGCAGCCUUACCCACUGAUAACACAAGAGAUCCGUAAAAUAAACAACUAACCACUGUAUUUUCAUUCCUAUUUAUUUGCUAAAAAUGUCCAUUCCCAAGACCCUAAAUUUGAACAUUUUCUGAGGGAGCAUGUCCCCAUGCCCCCUAGUUUUAACUGCCUUUGGCACCCUUCUUGUUUCUUCCUGUGUGUACACCUUCAAAAUCUUAUGCUAUGCCCUUGACCCCCCCUGGGAAUUCUUUGACUGUGUAUUAAUUUUGUCUGACAUUUAUUAUUUCGUUCAUUAGGCUCCCAGUCACAAGUUUGUUGUGAGUCACUGGGGUAGGACGUCAUCUUUAGUAGCAAAAUUAACAUCUACUGGUCAGCCAUCUAACAGAGGCAGUUGGAAAAGUAGUUCAGUCAGGGAAGGAUGUUAUGAUUGUUCACAGAAUAGACAAGGAAAUAUCACGGCAAUCCAAAGUGAUAAGCCUACCACAAGUAAGAAUUGACCUGCAUGACUUACAGUAACACCAAAGAGCCCUGGGUGGAGGGCCAUUAUGAAAAUUACCCCGGUUCUGCAACCAGUAAUAAUGUCUCUGCUCUCAUUAAUUAAAGUUUCUUCUUCUUCUUCGUCAUCAUCAUCAGUAUUAUCAUACUUUUCAUUACCUUCAUCAUCAUCAUCAUCACAUCACUCUAAUAAUUUUUUAAACAACAUUUAUCUUUUUCACAUUACAUUUCCUUCCCCCUGAUAUUCAUGGUGGUUUUCUCUGUUUUCUUUGAAGAUUACUGGAUAUCACUCUCAGAUGAAAUUAUUUUGGCAAUCUUCCAACUCUUGCCGAAGAAAACAAUAGUCAAGUGUGCAUGUGUUUGUAAGCACUGGCAUAGAUUAGUGUAAGUAGUGUCGUGUCAAACCAGCUGCCUACUUCAAAAUUGAGCCGCUUGCCUCUAAAUAUACUGGCUUUGAAUGAAUAAGCUGAUGCUUUUCGUCAGCUGUCAGGGCUGUCACUAAAGGCCAAAGCCUAGGGAUUUGUCCCAGUUACUAAAUUGCAAUUGUAAUAAAUUUGUUUAACCCACGAGCACUUAGGAGUUCAUGAGAACUUGUUGAAACGUGUCCGUGCAUUCCAGAUCAAAUUUAAUUGGAGUUUGGAAGUGUUGGUUAUAAACGAGAAGGGAAAACUGGAGUACCUGGAGAAAAACCUCUCGAAGCAAAGGAGAGAACCAACAACAAACUCAACCCAGAUAUGGCAUCGAUGCCAGGAUUCGAUGCCACACCACAUUAGUGGGAGGCGGAGGCAAGUGCUCUCACCACUGCGCCAUCCUUAACCCCAAGAUACAAAAGGAAAAUAGAAUAAGAAGAUCUUCCUACAUGUAGAAGGUGUUCAAUUCCCAUCCUUUAAGCCCCAAUAUCCACAUACAAAUUCUCCAAACUGAUCUCCAUACAUUUCCUUACAGAACUGGUUCAAAGAAUUUGAUAAACGAUCAAGGCAUUUUCUCUUGUGUGAUCAUUAAAAUUUAAUAUAACUUCUCAUAACCUAAUCUCUUGACAAUAUAUGGAUGUCAUUAGGAGAAGAUUGAUUUUGGUCACUCUUAGGGUGCUUUCCUUUUGUCAGAUCUGACCAGCCAGGCCAUUCCUGUGGUAAUGAGAAUUCACUUUUAAACAAAGCCAUCCAGUCAGAUCAGUCAAAUCCUAAAUAGCACGCACAAAGGAAAUCGUUUUUCAUCAAAAACUCUUGGAGACAACUUUGCUAAAUCUAAUAAUAUGUUAUGUGCAAAGGCAUGGUGUAACAGCUACUCGGCCCAUUAGCUUUUUUUCUCUGAUAUUGGCUUGUUGGCUAUUUUAUUCAUACAGGUAACUGUAUAUUUUGAUUAGCGGUAGCCAUGACAUGGAAACCACCAUCAGUACAUAUUUUUGUCUUAUGAAACAAAUCUUGGGGCUGGUUAUUAAUGUUAAAUCAUGAUAUUUUUUUCUUUAGAUACGAUGAAAGUCUUUGGAGAUGUGUAGAUAUGACAAAGGCUAACCUACCUUCAGGACUGUUAGGAAAAGUUUUGAAACGUGGCACUAGAGUAUUGCGCUUAGCUCAAGCAAAGGUGUGCUUUUGUUAUUCAUCUUUGACGAAAAGCCUUUAAAAAAAUAGAAAGGUCAAGGAACAAAAAGAACACUACAAGGAGCUACAUUUUUUUCAAGGGGAAAGUAAAUAGACAAGCUGUUUUACAUGACAAGUUCAAGAACAACAGCUCUAGAUCAUGCAGACCCAGACUACCUUUUCACAAAAGCACAGAACUCCUAUUAAACAGGAUUUUUUUGCUCCCCUCAAAGUGUCUACAGGCUCAUUUCUUAGAGGUUUUCACACCCAAAGUGCUUGUCAUUUAAAGCAACUCAUUCUUAAAUAUUUAAAUUUGUUUUACCAGUAUCAUUUACCACGUACCUUUUCACUAGCUUACAGCGGACGUUUAUUUGUUUGAAUUAAUUUGUUGUACAGCAUUCAGGUUGUGGGGACAGUGCCAAAAGACAGGAAAAACAGCUAGGGGAGGGGUAGGCGGUGAGAGCAAAGGAAUGGUAUUCCUCCUCUCUCCCUCUCCACUCUUACUCCUUAUUUUUUGUCCUGCUCUCUGACUUUGCUACACUAUCUGAACGCCUAGAAAAGGCUAUUGUACUGGUAUCGUUUGCUAGUACAUGUAUACCCUAACUUGCAGAUCCUUUCCUCUCUAUUUCACUAAUUUCAGGUUGCAUCACCAUUAUAUCAUGAUGAUAAUUCAUCAUUUCCAGACAUAGUUCCUUUAUCACCAGAAUCUCCAAGGUAAAGCAAGAAGUAAUCUUUGUAAUAAUGUCAUUUAAACUGUGCUCACAAUUCAAAGUGAUAUAGUUAGGCAUAUUUUUAUCAGUCCGUAGAUCUUCACAAACAAGCGCACCGUCAAGCUGUCACUUUGUGAACACCAUACUAUUACAGACACCCUGAUUAUAAGGACAGGGACUUAAAUCCCCAGUUAAAGUUACUGACUUUCAACUGAAACUAACUCUCGUUAUUGAGGACUCUUGCCAUAAGACUUACAAACUCGUUGUAAAGUUCCAUAAAAACAAUUUCAUUGUUCUUGCUCUCAGUACAACUUACUAUCAUCUAGUGCCUUCAGUGUCAACAUUCAGAACCAAAUUAUUACAAAUAUUUCAUCCACCCAGUAACUGUUUAAUGCUAUAUUUGCAUCGAUCAAAAUAAUUUACUUUUUUUAGUACCAGCCCAGUCAAAAUGAGCCGGCAGUUGGCAAUUUUGCCAUUUCCAGUUUUUUUUCCGCCUACUCAACACUUAGGUUUUAUAAUAGUAAGCAAAAAGUGCAAAUGUUUUAUUUUUUUUAAUUUGCUUCACUCCCUCUGCUAUUGCUCUCACUAUAAAAGACACUAACUCAUAGUUCCAAGGGUGUUCACAGUAAAAGGAGUUGAAUGCAUGUAUUUACAUCUUAACUGUAGUUAAAAUUUCUUUUUAAGUAACUCCAUGUUCAGCUUGAGGUACCUGGAUGCUACGUGCUGUUCCUUUGAAAAUGACACACUUUUCUCCCUUAUCAUGGUAAGUGAUGAAAAUUCUAAUGCUAUGACUGACAGUUUAAUAAUUUUCCAUUGUUUUUAACCUUCUGUAAACUACUCGACGUAUAGUCUGAUCUCUAUGUUCGUUGCAUGAACUAUACUACUUUAACUUAGAGUAAAGGAAGACCUUUUUGCAGCAACAGGGAACUACACAUAUUGCAACUCAAAAAUUGCCUGCAAAAAAUCAUCUGUGGCUUGACUCCUAUAAAUGAUCACCUCCCAUAAGCAACCACUACAUGUAAGUCUACAUUUUGGGUGGUCGAUUUCAUGAGGUCUGACUGCAUUUAUGUUUUCUUACAUGUUACUUUUCAUUGGAAUUUCAGCACUCAAAGCAGUUAACACACCUUAGUUUGGAGUCAUGUGCCAUAUCUGUAAGAAUUCUAAAGUGAGUCUGCUAAAUUAUACAGGAUUAAAUAUUAUUAAUAAUUAAACCGAAAGUAUCUUCCUUUAUAAAAUGCCUGAAUUGACACCCUGAUUUAAUGACUGUAGCCGAUGGAAAGAGUUACUAAAUAAAUUUUAUUGUUUUUUCAGGGCAAUCAGUGAAUUUCGCAACCUAACAGUUCUGAAUCUUGCCAUGUGCACUGGUUUAACAGUCACAGGAAUGUGCUCAUUAGUCAAGUCUGGUGGAAAAAAUUCCUGGUAAUUUCAUAAAACUACAAAACACAAUUCACUUUUGAACCCAUGUGUUUUCUUACCUCUUGACAAAAUGAUUUUAUUCCAUUUGCCGGGUUUCCUGUACUAACUCAAAACCCUCAAAGUCACAAUGAUCACACCAAGCUUGACAAAAUCCCCAAAUCUAGUGAUUAUUGGCCCAAUAGUGAAGACACAGCCAUUUACAAUGUUGAAACGUUAAAAUGAAAUGUACAGCUGGAAAACUUGCCUAGCUAUUACAUGUACCAUCCAAACUUAUAAAACAAACUUACACAGUUCUCUUGUGCUUACAGGAGCAUGGAGUUAAUUUCAGUUUUCUCUCUGGGAACAAUAAUAAUCAAUAUUAGGAAUCACAUGUGAUAUCAUUACUGAUAGCUGAAAUCCCUGAAUGCUUUCAAGUAAUAUAUCAAACAUGAGAUGCAGUGUUUCAUCACCAGAAAUGUAUUUUACGAUCUUCGAGGUGUUUCAUCUGGUGAUGAAACACUGUGUCGAAUGUUUGAUAUUUCUUCUCAAACAAAAUCAUUUUUGAAGGAGAAAUUAAGGAUGCAAAUACUAAGCAGUGUUUCAUCCGAUUUCCAAACACUCAUUAAACAUUAAUUUCCUUUGUAUUUUCUUAAUGAAUUAUUAAUGAGUUUGAGAAGUACCUUUUCAUAAAUGUUUUUACAUUUCAGGCUAAAGGAACUAAAUCUAGCCUGGACAAAUCUCUCCAAGCCAACAAUCUUACAUGUCAUUAAAAACCUGCCAAAGCUUCAACAACUUAAUCUGAGUGGAUGCAGGGACACACUCACUGAUGACUGUAAGUCUAACCAUGGACUUGUUUAUCAUUAA